UCAGACUGAUCCCUCUUCGUUUUCUUUCUGUCUUUUAUCUUUUCGUUUUCGUUUUUAAUACUUGGCAUUGCUAUCAUUAUAACGUCAUUCUUUUUCCCUCUUCCUUCCGGCGGACUACGGGUAUCAGACACUGGUAGUAAAUUUGUGGCAUCAGUCUAUCAUUCUGGAAGAACAUUUUCCGGCUGCCGAUUUCUAACGAGGCUUUGCAAACAUGGCAGAUUGGCCUCGUCAACCAUCUGUUACUCAGAAAUUUGGUAGUCAGAUCCUUCUUCGUUCCUGCAAUUCCCAACAUGUGCAGGCUCGAAACUGUAGCUUUUACAAGCCUUCCCAUGAAAGGACACAAGCUUUCUCUAUGCCCACCUCGAAGUCACCUGUAUUUGUCCAAGCACCUUCUGAGAAAGGCCCCAGCGCAUUCGUCGUUGAUUUCCUGAUGGGUGGAGUCUCUGCUGCUGUAUCAAAAACUGCUGCUGCUCCUAUUGAACGAGUAAAACUUUUGAUUCAGAACCAAGACGAAAUGAUCAAGGCUGGUAGACUAACUGAACCCUACAAAGGAAUUGGUGAUUGUUUUGCUCGUACGAUCAAGGAUGAGGGAUUUAUCUCAUUGUGGAGAGGGAACACCGCCAAUGUCAUUCGUUACUUCCCUACUCAGGCAUUAAACUUUGCAUUCAAGGAUUACUUCAAGCGUAUGUUUAACUUCAAGAAGGAUAGAGAUGGAUACUGGAAAUGGUUUGCGGGAAAUUUGGCGUCAGGGGGUGCUGCUGGUGCUUCUUCCCUGUUCUUUGUUUACUCCCUGGACUACGCCCGAACCCGUCUGGCCAACGAUGCAAAGGCAGCAAAGAAGGGAGGAGAGAGGCAAUUCAAUGGUUUGGUUGAUGUGUACAGGAAAACUCUACAGACCGACGGAAUAGCUGGACUCUACCGUGGGUUCAAUAUUUCGUGCGUCGGAAUCAUAGUCUACCGGGGUCUCUACUUUGGAAUGUACGACUCUCUCAAGCCUGUGAUUCUCGUUGGGAAGCUGCAGGAUAGCUUCUUUGCGAGCUUUGCGCUGGGUUGGGUGAUCACAAACGGAGCCGGGCUUGCAUCCUAUCCAAUCGACACAGUGCGUAGAAGAAUGAUGAUGACAUCCGGUGAAGCUGUCAAGUACAAGAGUUCAAUGGAUGCGUUUUCUCAGAUCCUACAGAACGAAGGGAUGAAAUCAUUGUUCAAGGGUGCAGGCGCAAACAUCCUACGUGCGGUUGCCGGUGCCGGCGUGCUUGCCGGAUAUGACAAGUUACAGAUGAUCGUAUUCGGGAAGAAGUAUGGAUCUGGUGGCGGUUAAUUAAUCUUUGGCAUCCAUAAUGUUCACUUCAUAUCAUUCUUCAUUGUUAACUGAAGAAAAAACCUACUCUUAAAUAAUUAAAUGUC